UCAACUUCCCCAAAGAACUAUUGUCCCCAACAGCCAUGGCCCUGUCCAAAACAGUUAUCUUCGACGUAAGGCGCAGCGAGCCUGAACUGGUACGUGCCUUAACCAGAAAUCCCACAUCGAAAAAUUAUGAAAUAAAACACCUCUCAGACAUCGACGACCAAGAAGGCCUUCGCUUUCUUGUUCCCAUCAUUUUCUUCUAUCCAUCUUGCCAGUCGUCGACAGCAUCAGAUCCUGUUCAAACAAUCAGAGAUGCCUUAGCCAAAGCACUAGAGACAUACUAUCCGCUCGCCGGUAGAGUUUUCGAAGGGCCUAAUCGAAAACUCAUGAUCCACUGUAAUAAUGAGGGGGCUUUGUUUGUCCGAGCCGAGGCUCACGUGAAGCUCGAGCAGCUCGGCGAUGGGCUUCGGCCGCCAUUCCAUUUCUUCGAGAAGCUUUUGGCUGAUGUACCGGGUUCCGGUGCCAUCAUCGGUACUCCUAUUCUUUAUCUUCAGGUAACAAGAUUCAUUUGUGGAGGAUUUUCCUUGGGCAUUUUGUUGAACCACACCGUAGCCGAUGGUGCCGGCCUAAAGCAGUUUCUAGAAGCCGUCGGCGAGCUCGCAAAAGGCGCGGCGGCGCCGUCCGUGCCACCAGUGUGGAGUCGGGAAGUUCUCAACGCAAGAUCUCCACCUGAGAUCACGUACGUCCACCACGAAUUCGAUCGAACCCUUUCAUCCACCGAUCAUCCGCGCAAUCUCGUCUAUCCUUAUGACACUUUUGUCCUCACAUCCGUCUUCUUCGGCCAAAAAGAAAUCCGCGCACUUUCUAACCAAUUACUUCAAAAAUCUCCAAUCUCAUCAUUCGACAUGAUAACAGCGUGCUUGUGGAAAUGCCGCACGAUAGCGCUCGAACCGCACCCUGAAGACACAGUCCUCAUCUCGAUCCUCACCAACGUGCGCCACCCGAGGUUUGGGUUGAGCAUUCCUCGAGGAUACUACGGCAACGCAUUCGCUUAUCCCGCGGCGAUAUCUAAAGCUAACAUUUUGUGCACGUCGCCGUUGUCAUAUGGCGUGGAAUUGAUCCGGAAGACGAAGCUCGAGUUGAGCAAAGAGUAUGUGAAGUCCGUCGCGGAUCUUUUGGUGAUAAAAGGAAGGCCAAAGUAUGUCGAUAUGUGGAACUACAUCGUAUCGGAUUUGCGACGCUUGGAGAUGGAUAAGGUCGAUUUAGGGUGGGGAAAUGCACGGUUCGGAGGAAUUCCGUGGGCGACGCCGACGAUUAGUUUUUACAGCAGUUAUAGAGAGAAUGGCGAAGGAGAAGGAGUUGUUGUGCCUAUAAGCUUGCCAGCAAUGGCCAUGGAGAAGUUUCAAUAUGAGAUGAAGAAGAUGACAAGAGAAUCUAUUUCGAAAGUUUAGACAUUUAAAGCACUGGAUCCCAUCAGAAUUCUGAAGUUAAGCAUGUAUGGACGAGAGUAAUCACUGAAAAAAAAAAUAAUAUAUUUGUAACAGAAUUUCGUCCCUAAAAUAAUUUCAUCUCUAAUGUCAUAAGUAAUGGAAAAAAAAAUGAAUUUAAAGACGAAAAAAAAACUAUUACAAAAAUAAUAUUUUCUUGUAACGUUAAUAUUAGAACAUAUGACCUUCUAGAAGUCAUCGUGUUGUACCAAAUAGGGUGAUGAAUUGAUGUUACAUUUGAGUGUUA